AUGGAAAGAAUUAAAAAUAAUUCGGCCAUACCAAUUAUAAGUGAGGUCAUACCAAAUGUAAUAAUAAAUAGAUUCCCAUAUAUAUCUAUUGCCGGAACUCUGUUUGAUCCAGCCACAGCAACAGUAACUCUAAAUGGUCAGAGCUGUGAGAUUACAAGCAUAACCAGUACAGCCAUCGAUUGCAAUGCAAGUCCAAGUGACUAUUACGGUGAUGCCAGUGUCGCCGUACAGAGUAGAGGUUUUACCUCAUCUCCAUAUGUAAUCAAAAUGACACCAAUGCCACCAACCUAUGAUAGUAUCUAUCCAAAUUAUAUCGUAACUUCUGCAUCUGUUCAGGUUACUAUCAGUGGUAGUCAAUUCGAGAUUGGACUAACUACAGCAACGAUCGGUGGAUUACCAUGUAGCAGUCCAAGCGUUUUGAACAAUGGACAUACCAUAUGGUGUUAUUCUCCAGCGAUCAACACUCCCGGUAUCCAACAAGUAGUUAUCACCAAUGGAAAUGCCGAUUCAGCUCAAUCAUCCAAUGUUGUUACAAUCUUUGCUCCACCAACAAUUACCCGUGUAAAUCCAAGUACGGUAGUCAAUCAAUAUGCUUUUUUUAGUAUUACCGGAACAGGAUUUGAUGGAUCAACCAUAGUGAAUGUCAAUAAUCAGGCUGCAACAACCACUAAACUCAACAGUACAUUCAUCGAAUGCAAUGUACCUCCAACCAGUUACUUUGGUAAUGCACCUCUACAAGUAUUCACCAGAGAUAUCGGUUCAAAUAUUGCUACAUUAGUAAUGACACCAAUACCAGCUGUAAUAACAAGUGUUUAUCCAAGUAGUAUCUAUGUUGAUACCACUCCCAUAGUUACUAUCUCUGGUUCCAACUUUGUUGGUGGUAGUGGAUCUCAGAUUACAGUCGGAAGUCUAUCAUGUAAUGGUUACAAUGUUAUAAAUUCAACUACAGUAUUGUGUUAUGCUCCCCUACGCAAUGUUGUUGGAAGCCAACCAAUCGUUAUUAGAAUUGGAAACGUCAAUUCCAAUCAAUUUCCUUUAAAUUAUAUUGCCACUGCACCACCUCCACUCAUUUUUUCGACUCUACCUGAACUGGUUUCAACAUCAAGCCCAAUCAUUACAAUUUAUGGACAAUAUUUUGCUUUGUCCUAUACGGUUAUGGUCAACAAUCAACCUUGUCCACUCAGCCAAUCCCCCACUAGUACAAUGAUCAUUUGUGAAGCCACUCAGCUUCGUAAUACCAAUUUUAAUAGUAUCACUCAACUUCAAGUUAAAAGUAAUGGACAAUUCUCUAAUGCAGUUCAAGUUAGAUUUGUUACCAAUCCACCAAAUGUUAUAAGUAUUUAUCCAAGUGCUAUCCAGGUAAAUACAUCGCCAUAUAUUACUAUCGUUGGUAAUCAAUUUGUUACGGGUCUUUCGCAAGUUACCAUUGGUGGUAGACCAUGUCCGACAGUAUCCAAUUCCGGACAUACAAUUACUUGUCAAGUUCCACCAAGUGCUGCUUCCAGCCUUCCUGUUUUGGUUAUCAAUGGUGCUUUAUCUUCAACCGCUAAUGCAAAUACUAUUUUUGUAAAUGCAAUUGGAUUGACAGGUACCGGUCAUAGAUUAUUCAUUGGUGACACUCCAUGUUUAACUGGCAAUGCCAAUGUACUAAUGAUGAGUGCGACGUGUACUAUUGUUUCCAACUAUGGACAGUUGCCACUCAAUAUCAGAACAUCCACAGGUGUAACCAACACUGUCAUGGUCACGGUUAACUAUCCUCAAAUGCAACCAAUAGUCAGCUCGGUCACUCCAAACGUUUACAUAAUGGGUGAAACCACUCAGGUUACACUCACCGGUAACUUUUUUGUCAAUCCAAGAGUUCGUGUCCUCCAAACUAGUAUGGAAUUCCCUCAGGUAACCUAUGUCUCACCGAGCAUCUUGACUUUCACAGUACCACCUAAUUUCUUUCAGAAUGAAGGUAGUUAUCAACUUAUUGUCCAAACACCAACUUCUUCAUCCAAUGGUGCCUUUUUCAAUGUUGGAUCACCUCUUCCCAGUAUAUCUUCUAUCAACCCACAAUCCGCUCUCAACAACCAGUCUACACUGAUCCAAAUUUCAGGUGUUGGAUUUGUAGAUGGCUUUACCCGAGUAACUAUUAACAAUGUUCAAGUACAAAUGACUGUCGCUUCCAAGAAUCUCAUGUUUGGUUUUGUUAAUCCACCGAAUCCUGCAAGUCUGGGUGCCAACCAAGUGUUGGUGACCAACGGCCAAAGAACUGGAUCACCUAGUCAAAUCGUCUAUAAACCAUCGCAACCCAACAUCACAUCGUUAAGUCCAUCGUCCAAGUUGGCAAGUGAUACAACUAACAUUGUUAUCAAUGGUUAUGGUUUUGUAGCAGGUUUAAUGACUGUUAUGGUUGGCAAUUCCCAAGUACAAAGUAACACAGUCUCAGGAACAUCCAUUGUAUUCUCUGCCCGUCCAGAAAACUUUGUUGGAGCCAAACAAAUUACUGUAAUGCACGCUGGUCUAGUUUCAAAUCCAAUGCCAUUGACCUAUACAGGCAUUACACCUUCCAUCGACUCGAUAUCAUCCCAAUCCGUCACCAACAUACAAUCUACGCAGGUAACAAUAACCGGAUCUAAUUUCAUGGUUGGAUACAUAUCGGUUUUGAUACAAUUCGACUCUGGACCUGUCAAUUGUACCAUUUUAGAUUCGACCAAUACAUCGAUUAUCUUUGACAGUCCAGAGGUUGCAGAGGCAGGUCAAAAGACUGUUCAAGUAUUAAAUGGUAACACUGUCAAUACUGGUUCAUUCUCGAUUCUCUACCAAUCACCAGGAUUGUUCAUUGAUUCAAUAGAUCCACCUGCAAUGAUUAAUACUCACUCCACUGUAAUUACCAUUCACGGUAGUGGUUUCGACGCCAGACUUUUGACAGUUGUCGAUAACUUUAAUUUCCGAUGUGCAAUGCUUUCCAGCGAUGUUCACUAUACCUAUAUGACAGUGCUCACUUCUUUCUCCUACACCUUUAUGUCACCUCAGCCAGUUGUCAAUUCAGUCUAUCCAAACCCAGUAAACAUUGAUGGAUCACUUCCAGUCACAUUGACAGGUUCCAAUUUCCAAAAAGGAGUAUCAAGUGUAACUACUGGUGAAAUCGUUUUCGAUUCCACUCCUUUGCCAUCAAUUGGUGACUUCCCAUGCCGAGUAUACAAUACUCGUGAUAAUCUAUUUGCUCAAAUCACUGUGAAAUACAUGCCACUCCCAUCGAUCACCAGUAUCACUCCUACUUCUGCUUAUGCUGGAAGUGGAACAGUCUUUACAAUUGUUGGUCAUGGUUUUGUUGCAGCAUAUUCCAUCAUUGCUAUUAUGGCACCCGAUCACAUUGAAUACUACAUUGCCCACCAAGUUGAUCCAGCAGGAGCCAAUGGAUUGGUACAAACCUAUGUUACACUUCCAAAAUACUAUAACUGCUGGAACAAAGUAACAAUAACAGGAUCUAGUUUCAUGGUUGGAUACGUUUCUGUGUUGAUACAAUCCGCGUCUGGUCCUGUCAAUUGUACAAUUGUAGAAUUGACCAGCACGAAAAUUAUCUUCAACAGUCCAGAGGUUGCAGAGGCAGGUCAAAAGACUGUCCAAGUUCUCAAUGGUAACACUGCAAAUUCUGGUUCAUUCUCGAUUCUCUACCAAUCACCAGAAUUGGUCGUUGAUUCAAUAGAUCCACCCGCAAUGAUUAAUACUCAUUCCACUGUAAUUACCAUUCACGGUAGUGGUUUCGACGCCAGAAUAUUGUCGGUCGUCGAUAACUUUAAUUUCAGAUGUGCAAUGCUUUCCAGCGAUGUUCACUAUACCUAUAUGGUUUGUAAUCUUCAGCCACCACCCAAUAAUUUCGUUGGUACCGUAACAGUAACACUCAAGAGUUUGACAGACAGUGUCACUUCUUUCUCCUACACCUUUAUGUCACCUCAGCCAGUUGUCAAUUCAGUCUAUCCAAACCCAGUAAACAUUGAUGGAUCACUUCCAGUCACAUUGACAGGUUCCAAUUUCCAAAAAGGAGUAACAACUGUGACAACCGGUGGUAUUACAGCUAAUAUCAUAUCGAUUUCACCAACAGAAAUCGUUUUCGAUUCCACUCCUUUGCCAUCAAUUGGUGACUUCCCAUGCCGAGUAUACAAUACUCGUGAUAAUCUAUUUGCUCAAAUCACUGUGAAAUACAUGCCACUCCCAUCGAUCACCAGUAUCAAUCCAACUUCUGCUAAUCUUGGAAGUGGAACAGUCUUUACAAUUGUUGGUCAUGGUUUUGUUGCAGCAUAUUCCAUCAUUGCUAUUAUGGCACCCGAUCACAUUGAAUACUACAUUGCCCACCAAGUUGAUCCAGCAGGAGCCAAUGGAUUGGUACAAACCUAUGUUACACUACCAAAUACUAUCACUGCUGGAACAAAGUAUAUGGCAAUCAACAACGGUCCACUUUCCACACAGAAUCCACUACCCGUUGAAAUAGUAGCACCUGUUCCAACCAUAUCAUCCGUCAAUCCAAGUACAGUUGUCAAUAUCCAAUCCACUUUAAUUGUUAUUACCGGUACAAAUUUCGAUCAAAGCACUACAGUUUCAAUUAUUUCACAGGUUAAAGGUUCCGUUCCUUGUCCUGUGGACACCUAUACUGCCACCACUAUUUCAUGUAUUGCUCCGCAGUUGGAAGAGUUUGGAUCUAAACAACUUGUUGUUGCCAAUGAAUAUGGUAAUGUCUAUGGUACUAUCAACUAUGAAUCACCACCCAUUGUAAUCGAUAGAGUGUUACCAUCGUCAAUGCCGAACCAAAUCGCAACGACUAUUACCAUCAAAGGUAGUGGAUUCGAUACACGUAUCACUAGCUUCCUCCCCGAUCCAAAUUUCAAUUGCGUUGUUGUUGCUAUUAUGCGAGAUCAGUAUAUCUGUACGGUUCAACCACCUCCCGACCAGUUGGAGGGUGACAUUACAGUGACCAUUAUGAACCUCUAUCCAGGAGAUUCCGCCACCUUUACAUUUACCUAUUUAAAUUCAAUGCCAUACCUUUCUGCGGUUCAACCUUAUGUUGCGAAUACCGAUGGAUCUAUUCCCGUUACCGUCAUAGGUUCAGGAUUCUUUGAUGGUGUUACCACUGUCAGUAUUCCAGAUGCUUUUCCAGUCCAAACUAUUGUACAGUCAAUCACGCUAAACGAGAUCGUAUUCACGAUUUCAACAAAUCCUGAGAUUUCAGCUGGUGGUCACGAAGUUAAAGUUAUCAAUGGUAACAAUCCACUGUUGGCUAUAUACUUUUAUGUUACCUAUCUUCCCACUCCGCAACUACUUGCCGUUGAUCCAAAUUUCCAAUAUCUACAUAUUCUUGUUCCAUUCACUCUUUACGGCUCAGGAUUUUUACGUGAAUUCACAACAGUCUAUAUAACAGAUGUUAACAACCCAAGUUUAGAACAGACUGUCUUUGGUGACGAUAUAAAUCCAGAUGGUUCCAUUUCAUUCAGGCUGUCAGACCAACUCAUGGUUCCAGGUAACAAAUUAAUCUAUGUUAGAAACGGUCCGUCAUUUGAAUCCCAACGAUUGAUGGUUGAAGUACAAUGGCCAACACCAUCCAUUGACCGCAUCGAGCCUGCAGCCGUACCAAAUCAAAAUGUAACUCAAAUCACUUUGACAGGUACAAACUUUUACGGUCCAACCGUGCAAGUUAGAAUCAGUAUGUUUGAAGUGUACGAUUGUCCAGUCAUUGAGAAUAUCAAUUACGAUACGUUGAUUAUCAAUUCUCCAAAUGUACAAAAUAACGUUGGUACAUAUAUGAUAGAGAUAACUGUCUUUGAUAAUAUCGGACGUUAUCCCAUUGAAUUUAUGUCAUCUACCAUCGCCGUUGACUCUGUAGUUCCAUCAUCGAUGAUAACCACCCAUGCAACAACUAUUACCAUUCUCGGUAGUGGAUUCGAUUCACGUUUACUCUCUGUUGAUGACAACUUUAACUUCAGAUGUCCAAUUCCCGAUAGUAACGUUCAGUUCAAUUCCAUUGUAUGCACUGUCCAACCAACAAUGUAUGCAUACAUAGGAGAUGUUAGAGUAACACUCAGACUAUCAACUGGAACAUCUGCUACCUUCCUAUUCACAUUCAGUUCACCACAGCCUAAUAUCACAUCGGUAUCUCCAAUGAUUGCAAACACGGCUGGUUCCACACUUAUUACCAUCUCAGGUUCGAGUUUCCAAGAAGGAAUAUCCAGCGUACUCAUCAAUGGUGAGAUUGAAACCGCUAUCUCCUUGAUAACACCAAAUCAAAUUGUAUUCACAUCGAACGAAGUUCCCGAAGGAAUUCAAAAUAUUACUGUUACCAACUCUGGUGAUAAUCUAUCGGCAACCACUCAACUUCUAUACCUCCCAUCCCCAGUAUUGACUUUUAUAACACCAACAUUCAUUACCAAUGAAGUUAGUUCUAUUAUCACUGUAACUGGUACUGGAUUCUUUGUCGGUCAUACAGUUAUCGCCGUUGGAUCGCCCAAUGAAAUUCCAGAUCUCACCUUUACAGUUGACAAUAUCGAGAAUGAUGUUGAUUUUAUCAUAUCAAUUCCACCAUUAUCGCCAUUCUUUGGAGUAAAAGAUAUCAUUGCCUACAACGGUCCUUCCUCAUCGAAUAUCAUAAAUCUUCAAGUUUAUAAACCAACACCAGUUAUCACUAAUGUCGACCCACAACAGGUUGAUUCAACCACUGCUACCAAUGUAACUUUAACUGGUACCAAUUUUGUUGUUGAUGAAACACAGUUGUCAAUUUCACCAAAUAACGAUGUAUUUAUCCCACUCAUAAGUAUAUCAACAACUGAAAUCAUAUUUACAACCAAUGUAACAAGAUUAAUUGGAAUUAGAUCUAUCUUUUUACAAGUGGAGGGUGCUCAGUUGGUUUCUAAAGACUUGGAAUUCCUUCCAGGUGUACCAGUCAUCACCGAUUUCCAACCAAAAUCAAUGAACUACUCUGCCCAGACAACAUUUACAUUGACAGGUUACAAUUUCUACGAUAUCUCUACAGUAUCGGGAUGUAUAGUAUUGGAACAGAAUGAAACUACAAUCACAUGUUUAACAUUUAUUUUCUUUGAUGGAAUGAUCCUACAGAAUAAUACAUACAAAUUGCGUGUAACCAACAAUAAUUUCGAUUCCAACGAAGUUAGUGUUCAAGUAUUACCAAUCACCCCUGUUAUUAAAUCAAUUAGUCCAUCCGUACUCUAUUCCCAUCAACAAAUUUCACUUUUAGUCCUAACUUCUGGAGUAAUGUUUGGUGCUAAUGUAACAAUCAACGAUAUUCAAGUUAGAAUUUUCGAGAUCAAUUUGAACCGAGUUUACUUGUUGACACCCUCACUACCAAAAGGAACCUAUCCACUUGUCAUUCGUAACUCUCCAGAUCAAAUUGCAGCCUAUGCUUUGACAUUCAUUGAUCCAACACCAAUCAUCACUGGUGUCAGUCCAAAUGUUACUGAUCUAUAUGCAACCAAUACUAUUAUCACUAUCAGUGGUUCAGGUUUUGUAUCAAACUUUUCGAUUAUAACUGUUGGAGCCUAUCAAUGUCAGAAUGAUUCAACCGUAACAAGUACAGAGAUCCAAUGUAUUCUCUCAAAUGUUACAACUCAAGGUGUUUUACCAAUCAAUAUACAGAAUGGUGAUAUUAUUUCCAACACAGAAUAUGUCGAGUUUAUGUAUCCUUUGCCAGUCAAUUAUGUAUCGCCAAAUUAUGUAAUCUUCAGUGAUCAGAGCACUAGUACAUUCACCAUUACAUUGUUUGGCCAUGGAUUCAGCCAUUAUCAAGAUGGAAAGGUUCAAUUCCAAAAAGAAGUUGUUGGUACCACUCCAACUUUGACCUAUCAAUGCAAUGUGACUACAAAGACAGAUACCAGUAUCGAAUGUAUUUCAUCGAUGAUUCCAAUCGGUAGAUACGAAGUCCUAUUCUAUUCUGGACAUCUUCAUUCCAAUACCACUGUUUUCACUGUUGUCGAUCGUGCUCUUUCUUGUUUGUCGACACAGGGCGCAUCUGUAUCCUGGUGGUUCGUAAGAAAGAUCCCACAAUCACAAUCGUACAUCUAUGUGGAUAGUGAUUCUCAAGAUAUGAAAUAUCUACCAUCUAUCAACUCAACUACCGGAUGUUUGGCUCGAACAUUGAACCAAAUAGCAAUCAGCUCAUCCGAAAGUUCCAAUGGAUAUGUUGUUUAUAAUGAUCAUCCAUGGUUUGAUGAUCUCAGUGGACAACUUUCUCUCUCGAUCAAUGGAUACGGAAAUCUAAAUAAAUCACUUGGAAAAGGUAUCUUUGUGGCAAACACUUUCUUCAAUGCUACAUAUUCACCUGGUUUCCACAUUAAACAUUCAAUGGAAGGAUUCCCAGUUCCACUUCCAAAUGGAUUGUUCAAAACACCUUCAAGUCAUCCAUCAAGUUGGAUUCCAAAUGACUACCAUUUGAUUCAGAAUCAAGGUGAUGAUUAUUCACUUGGUCAUUCAUUUAUGUGUCAUUCACUCAUUGAUUCAUCUGAUUUUGUGAAUGGAAUUCAAUCAUUGAAACCAUUCAUCUAUUCAUCAAACAGAUUCACACCAACUUCUACAACCAACAUAUUCUCAUCACUCUUUACUGACAGCACAACCAAUUCAUUCACAAGUAAAGAUUGGUCAAAAGGAUACUUUAUUUCUGCUGGAUUCAGAAAUGAUAUCUUUACACCAACAAGAAUUCAACCACUUUCAAUCACAUUGCCAUCGAAAUUCAAGAUUCCAUCAGGUGCAAAUGCAAUCACUGAUGUAAAGUUACCAACUGAAUUUAUCAUUCAAAAUAACAUUCCGACCAAGAUAUCACAAUGGAAAUCAGAUAUCGAUAAAAGUUAUAUUGCAUUCAAUGAUACACAUCUUUGUCUUGGUGAUUAUUCAUCAAAGACAUCGUUUGGUGGUGGAAUUGCAGUUUGUGUGAUCAAUCAAUUCUCAAGUGAAUUCUUUGUUGAAUCAAUAUUCAAAUAUCAACAACAAAAUUGUUCAACUCCCAAAUGUGAAAAUCAAAUUCAAAAUCAAUUCUUCAUUUCAAUCAAAUCAAAAUUAUUGUUGGACAAUACCUAUUCAAGCAAUAACAAUGAUUUACAAAUGAUUUUGAACAACAUCGAUUCAAUUUUACCCAAUACCAAACUCAGUGUCGGAGAUUCAGGAUGUUUUGGAAUAUUCUGUCCAAUCACAGCUCCAUACUCUGAAAUCAAAGUAAAUCCAACAGAUUCAGUUGGAAUAUUCUCAUUCAGAGGAAGUUACACACCUGUUUUCAAUUUGAUACUUCAAGAUACAAACAGUUCAAUCACAGUCAAAUCCAAUGGAUCACCAAUAUCAUAUUCAACAUAUAAUAUCUCUGGAUCAUUCACUGCAAAGACCAAUGGUAAUAUCCAAAGUAAUAAUGUUAUCGUUGCAUAUAAAUUGAUCCAAAUUGUGAAGAAAGUCAGAGAUAAUCUUGGACUUGGAACACUUGGAAAUAUUGAAUUGAUUUUAAAUGGCAAUGGUAUUGCAAUUCUAAAUCAACACAAUGAUAUUCCAAUCAAGAUAGACAGCAAUACACUUGAUGUUCAAUCAUUAUUCCGUGCAAUCAGUUAUGAUUUGAUUUUGCAGUUAAAUAGUGCAACUUCAAGUGUCGAACUUCCAGAAUUGAAUUUCGAUUCAUACUUGAACUUUCAAAAUCAUCAGCAUUGUUGGGAGGAAUGA